GGUUGGGUCAUUGUUCACCACCACCGCACGCAUGUGUGUAUGUGUGCAACCACACUCCACAGUCUCGCACUUUUCACACUUUCUUUCGUUUUCUCCUCGCCACUUACACCCUUUCCCCCCCCCACCACACUCUACGCCUACACACCAACGUCAACCAUGACAGCCAACACAGCCAUGGCGUCCCUCGACCCAUCUGAACCAAGGCCACCACCUCUAGGCGGAGGCACAGCCACCGCCACCACCACAGCCACAGCAGCAACGCCGGGCGUGACUGUGCGCGAUACCAAGACCCCCAUGACCCCCAUCAACAUCACCCCCACCACCGUCAACACGGGCAACACCACCAACACAAGCACAGGCCGCGCCUACAAGAGGCACUCCAGGACCAAGGCAACAAGCCCGCUGGCAAAAACAAGUGAGACGGCACACGAUACGCCGCCCUUUGCCGCGCGCACCUCUUCCUCUUGCUCCUCAUCUUCGUCCUCUUCAUCGUCGGUCUCCUCGUCACAGGAGUCGUCACAGGAGUCGCCACAGCAGUCACCGACGUUCGCGCCGACGGCGCUGCCGACUGCCACCCCGCGCCUGCACCACCACGCGCACUGCUUGAAUCGGCGCCACCGCCACCGCGGCCGUCGCAGCUCAUCAUCAUCAACAGCGACCACCACCACUAUCACCACCGCCCACCACAGCAGCAUUGUUCCCAGGCCAACCAGGCCCACAACCGCACAAUCAUCGUCAUCGUCAUCGUCAUCAUCACAGCCACUCCGCGUGCCGGACGGACCGCCACCACCCAACAUCGCCAAGCUCCUCAAGCUCUCCGGCAAGAGCGAAGACGAAGUGGCGGAAGCCCUCGGCAUUGACCACGUCGCCAUGCACAACGUGGUGCACAACCGCGUACCGGCCAUCGGCCGCUGGGCGCCCGUGUUUGCAAAAUGCACCUUGCUUGCACGCAUGGGCCUCCUCAAGCUGCUCGGCUACAGCACAACAGCAGCCCCUCCUGCAGGGACCACAACGACUUGUGCUGACACGCAGCGGGACAGUGCCCCAACCAUCAGCCCGUCAUCGUCAACCACGUCCACGUGCUCGACGUGCACUACGGCUUCCAUAUCGCCAUCAUCAUCAUCCGAUUCACUCUCCCCGCUGCCGUCUCCAUCCACCUCCGCGUGCACAUCCACAUCGGGCUCGUGCACAUUGCUCAUGCCGUCACCAACUGCCGUUGCUGCUGGCGGUCAUGGUGCUGAUGGUGAUGUUGAUGGUGGUGCGGUUUUCACAGCUGCGACCCCACCACACCAGGACCAGCACGUGGCGCCGCCCUCCCCUGCAUGCGACGCUGACAAGGAGGCGCGCGUCACACUGGUUGGCGGCAGCGACGGCACCCCUACGCGGGCCAUGUCGACACAGAGGAGGCAGCUGCUGUCAAGCACGCUGACGUGCAGGUGCAUUGCACAGCUGCAGGGCACGGCCGACAACGACACACCAGCGGCAAGCGCGCUGCAGGAACGAGCAGCACAAGAAACGCGCCAUCCAACGCAUGGGGAGAGGAAGCACGCCCACGAAUUGGCUCCACAGACCAGCACGGUGCAGACAGCUCACUCACAGCAGGGGCAGGAAACGCCAGCGCACCGCCCUCACGAAGCAACACCCUCGCACAAGGACGCGCAACAACAGCAAGAGGAGCAACAGCAGCAGCAGCAAGGGCAAGAAGAACAGCAGGAACAACAACAACAACAACAACAACAACAACAACAACAGCAACAGCAAGAAGAACAGCAGCAGCAAGGGCAAGAAGAAGAAGCACAACAACAACAACAACAACAACAACAGCAGCAGCACGAAGAACAACAACAGCAGCAGCAGCAGCAGCAGCAAGGGCAAGAAGCGACGGCGAUGGUGCGCCCGGCGUCAAACCACCGCCGCAAGCUGAGCGAUGAGGUGCAGGCGCUGCGCCGUGCAGACCCAAAGCCUGUUGGCCGUCGCAUCUUCGAGUACCUUAGCGCACGCGGUGAUAACAUUGUCAACCAGUGCAAGCAGUGCCUGAUGCAAGGCUGGCGCGGCUGGGAGCAGCACAAACUCUCUGAGGAGCAGGUGAACGAGUUCUUUGCCGGAAACUGUAAGGAGGCCGAGGCUGUGGCCGACUUUCUCUUGCAACUGGGUCUCGCCACAGAUGUGCGCACCCUCUUCUCCCUCUUCACCAGAUAG